AUGCCCAGGGUAGGAUAUUCCAGGCCUGGGUCCUGGAGCAGCUUCUGGGCCAUCCUGACCCUGGUGGGCCUGGUCACUCGGGCAGCCCAGCGGGCCGACCUUGGUGGGGAAGCCGCAGGGACGUCUAUCAACCACUCCCACAUGCUGCUCCAGCGCCUGCAAGAGCUGCUGAGAAAUGGCAAUGCCAGCGAUGUGGUCCUGCGGGUGCAAGCGGCGGGCACUGAGGAGGUCCGCGUCUUCCACGCCCACCGCCUGCUCCUGAGCCUGCACAGCGAGCCCCUCAGAGAGCUGCUCUGGAACCAGAGCGAGGUGGCGCUGCAGGAGCCCAGGGAGUGCGCUGCCGUCUUUGACAAGUUCAUCAGGUACCUGUACUGCGGGGAGCUGACGGUGCAGCUGGCCCAAGCCAUCCCCUUGCACCGACUGGCCACCAAGUACGGCGUGGCCUCCCUGCAGCGGGGCGUAGCCGACUACAUGCGCGCGCACCUGGCGGCGGGCGCGGGCCCGGCCGUGGGCUGGUACCACUACGCGGUGAGCGCGGGCGACGAGGCGCUGCGCGACAGCUGCUUGCAGUUCCUGGCCUGGAACCUGUCGGCCGUGGCGGGCAGCGCCGAGUGGGGCGUGGUGAGCCCCGAGCUGCUGGCGCAGCUGCUGCAGCGCUCGGACCUGGUGCUGCAGGAUGAGCUGGAGCUGUUCCACGCGCUCGAGGCCUGGCUGGGGCGCGUGCGGCCACCGCCCCCCGUGGCCGAGAGCGCGCUGCGCGCCAUCCGCUACCCGAUGAUCCCGCCAGCGCAGCUCUUCCAGCUGCAGGCGCGCUCGGCCGCCCUGGCGCGCCAUGGCGCCGCCGUGGCCGACCUCCUGCUGCAGGCCUACCAGUUCCACGCCGCGUCGCCGCUGCACUUCGCCAAGUUCUUCGACGUCAACGGCAGCGCCUUCCUGCCCCGCAACUACCUCGCGCCCGCCUGGGGCGCCGCCUGGGUCAUCAAUAACCCGGCCCGCGACGACCGCAGCACCAGCUUCCAAACGCAGCUGGGCCCCAGCGGCCACGACGCCGGCCGCCGCGUCACCUGGAACGUGCUCUUCUCGCCGCGCUGGCUGCCAGUCAGCCUGCGGCCCGUGUACGCGGACGCCGCGGGCACCGCGCUGCCCGCUGCACGCCCCGAGGACGGCCGGCCCCGGCUCGUGGUGACGCCGGCCAGCAGCGGCGGCGAGGCGGCGGGCGUGAGCUUCCAGAAGACGGUGCUAGUGGGCGCGCGCCAGCAGGGCCGCCUCCUGGUCCGCCAUGCCUACAACUUCCACCAGAGCAGCGAGGAGGCGGGCGACUUCCUGCUGCACGCGGACCUGCAGCGGCGCAACUCCGAGUACCUGGUGGAGAACGCCCUGCACCUGCACCUCAUCGUCAAGCCGGUCUACCACACCCUCAUCCGGACCCCCAACUAG